AUGUCCCUCCGUCCUCUCCGCUAUCUCCUCCCAUACCCUGGAUUGAUAUCACGGGCGACGUUCUCUUCUUCCUCUUACCUCCGAUAUUCCUUAUCUGACAAGAACUCCAUAGAAGAGUCGUCGAAUUCAACCGUGACCCCUUUUGAAGAUUCUCCUUCAAUUUCGACUCCAACAUCAUCUCACUCUUCAUCCUCUUCUUCUUCUCCCUCUCUGCCCCCUGAGACAAAUCCAAAUCCUCUGUUAUCCGAGACUACUCCUGAUGCUAUCACCCCCACUUCAUCCACAACUCCGACAACUUCGACGGAUCCUCCCAAGCCAGAAACCACCCCAAAACCUCCCCUUCGUACACCCACUUUCUCACUUUCCAACCUCCUCCGACGUCCCAUUCCCUCCCUCAACUCUCAAUCUAAAAACAACAACAAAAACAAGAAUAUACCCCGUCAUGAACCAUUCAACACCUCUCCUCAUCACUCAGCCUCAUAUACACACUUAUUAACUAUCACAUGUUCCCCGAACAAUGUCCUUCUGACUUUCUCCGAUUCCGUCGGUCCAAUGUUCGCAACUAUAACAGGUGGAUCGGAUAAACAGUAUAAAGGAUCUAAAAAAUCAGAGCCGGAACCCUGUCGUGCUGCUGGGAAGAAAAUGGCUAUGAAGAUUGAUGACCUUAUUUCAAGGUAUCCCAGAACCAGAGGAGUGGUAGAUAUGAGAAUAAUGGUAGCAUUUAAAGGUUUGUAUAAUCAAAGAAGGUAUAACGUCGUUAGUGGUUUAUUAGGAGAAGAAGGGGAAAGAGUUAGGGGAUUGAUAACUGGUGUAGAAGAUAGAACGCCGGCUAAGAUUGGAGGUACUAGGAGUAAGAAGCCAAGAAGGAUUUGA